GUCUAAGUAUCGCCUAUCGUCGGGACGGCCUGAAGUCCCUCCACUUCUCUCCGCACCGUCAUAUCUCAGAUCGGCCUCUUCUCCCCGCCGCUGAUACGACAUCGGGAGCUGCUUCAUGAGCCUACUCCGACCUCUGGCCUCCCCGACGUUUCCCCGGUAUGUGAAUCUCUCCUAGGCGCUGUCCCACCUGAACAAUGGCUCUGGUAGCCCUUCGUCUCUCUUCCUCUCCUUGUCGGCUGGUGCGUCGUACCAUGUCCUUCCAGUCACCGCUGCUGCAGCGUCCGCAGCACCGCCAGGUCUCCUUCUCCUCCUAUAUAGUCACCCCGAAGCAGCUGAACGAAGCUCUCAAGAAGAAUCCAAGCCCCCGUUCGAAGAUUUCUACUGCCCCUCGCAUCAUCCCGCUAUGCGCGGCUUGGUUUAUGCCCAAUGACCCGGAAGGCCGGAAGGGAAUUGAUGUCUUCCGGAAGAACCGCAUCCCACACGCCCGUUUCUUUGACCUGGAUGCCAUCAAGGAUCAUGACUCUCCAUACCCCCAUAUGCUGCCCACCUGCGAGACUUUCACCUCAGCGAUGAGUGAAUUGGGGAUCCGCCGCGAUGACGAAAUCGUCGUCUAUGACACCGAGGAGCUUGGACUUUUCAGUGCCCCACGCGUCGGUUGGACUCUUCGAGUCUUCGGACAUCCAAGUGUGCAUAUCCUCGACAACUACAGAUUGUGGGUGCGCGAGGGCUUCCCCGUCGAGACGGGAGAGCCGGAGCCAGUCGAGAAGACCAAUUACCCUGUUCCGACCUAUGACACCAACAUGAUCGUGCGUUUCCCGGAGAUGAAGACGAUCGCAAAGGAAAACGGUGGAGAAAUCGAGAUCCUAGAUGCGAGAUCCUACGGCAGAUGGGCUGGCACCGAUCCUGAACCGCGCCCAGGCCUGUCGUCUGGUCAUAUUCCCGGUUCAAAGAGCUUGCCGUUCCAGGAGCUUCUCGACCCAGAGACCAAGACUCUCUUGCCAAGUGAAGAGCUGCGGAAAGUCUUCGAGUCCAAAGGCAUUGACCCUAAAAAGCCUAUUAUCAGCUCCUGUGGCACUGGUGUGACGGCUGCGGUCAUCGAGACGGCGCUCCAGGAGGCAGACUACGGUCGCCCAGAUGACAGACGACUCUACGAUGGAAGCUGGACGGAAUGGGCACAACGCGUCCCCGAGGACAGUGGCCUAAUCAGGAAGGAAACGUAGUUUGUGGUGGCGAUAAUCAAGCUGUUUGGAGCGGUUAUGGAGACAUGCUUUUUCAUUGGAGACUGUUGCUUUUAAAUCGCGUGAUUCCCUCUUUGUCGAUUUCCCGAUACUACCCUUGAACGUAUCUACUCUGCUCAUCUUCGACGAAGAGAAGACGUCUGAUGCGCCUAGUACCAGCAAGGUCCCUCCGGAUGCGAGUACUCAACUCCGACACAGGCAAGACUCGAAGGAUUGAUGGAACUUCCGCGGACGAUGACGAGAAAAGGAGAAAACCUAGGAGAUGACAAAGGAUAAUUUUCCUCUAUCAAAGCACCUUGUAGGAAGUAAAUAAAUAAAUAAAGUGAUCGACCCACGUCUUGCCAGCUGCUUAGUCAGAACUGCCCGCCGGC